AUGGCAACCACCAAACCAGAUGCUGCAGCCAACAGAGCAUCUACCCCUCAAACGCCUCUUGGAAUACAUGCAAGCACAUGGCCCAGCCGGCCUUUACUACGCCACCUUCAGCAUGCGCUUUGCCUCGACGGUGGGCCAAGCCCAACCUACGCUGCGCUGCAGGAAAUUGAGGCAUUGCUUCCAUCACCUCACCCAACAGCUUACCUCAUCCUGACACGGUUUCAUCGUUCCGCCGUCACAAUCAGCAAGGCAGACUAG